UGCAGGACUGAGUCCACAACAUAUCUCAUGAGUUAGCUAUAGCUAACAGCUAAUUGUGUUAGUUCACCUGCAUAUUUCAGAGGCAAAAUGCCUCGUUUUGCACAGUUAGUUAUGGGUCCUGCGGGCAGCGGGAAGAGCACCUACUGCUCCACUAUGGUCCAACAUAUGGAGGCUAUGAACCGCUCAGUUCAGGUGGUAAAUCUGGACCCGGCAGCUGAACACUUUGAUUACCCUGUGAUGGCAGACAUCCGUGAGCUCAUUCAGGUGGAUGAUGUGAUGGAGGAUGACUCUCUCAGGUUCGGUCCUAACGGAGGGUUGGUGUUCUGCAUGGAGUAUUUUGCUAAUAACUUUGACUGGCUGGAGGAAAGCCUAGGUCAUGUGGAGGAUGACUACAUACUGCUUGACUGUCCAGGUCAGAUUGAACUUUACACACACCUUCCUGUUAUGAAACAGCUGGUGGAGCAGCUUCAGCAGUGGGAGUUUCGGGUUUGUGGGGUCUUUCUGGUAGAUUCUCAGUUCAUGGUGGAGUCUUUUAAGUUCAUCUCAGGGGUCAUGGCUGCCCUGAGUGCCAUGGUGUCAUUAGAGAUCCCUCAAGUAAACAUCAUGACAAAAAUGGACCUGCUUAGCCCCAAAGCCAAGAAGGAAAUAGAAAAAUACCUGGACCCAGAUAUGUACUCAAUGAUGGAAGAUAACUCAGACACUAUCAAAAGCCCGAAGUUUAAGAAGUUGACAAAAGCCAUCUGUGGUCUGAUUGAUGACUACAGUAUGGUGAGGUUUUUGCCUUUUGACCGCACAGAUGAGGAAGGUAUUAACAUAGUGUUGCAACACAUUGACUUCUCUAUACAGUAUGGAGAGGAUCUGGAAUUCAAGGAACCAAAGGAAGUAGAUGAGGAACCCGCUAACCUGAACUAUGAUGAGCUUUUUCAAGGCAAGGUGGACAGCUGAAGCGCAAUCUAACAUUUCAGCCGAAACAGACUGUAUAUGCAUAUGUGUGAGAGUUUUUAUCAGACUGAUGAAGAACCAGAGGACACCAUUUCUGAAGGCUGAAAGUGAAUGUCAUGAACGACUGCAAGGACACAAAGGGAUGUAAACUGACUCUGCAGAUUAUAAAUAUUUUGGGUUAUAUAUGUUGACAUUUUUCUUUGCAUGGACUCAAGAAAUUUGAGGUUUAAUACAGUGUUAAGGUAUAAAGAGUUGUUAUUAAAUAGUUAUCAAUGCUAUUUUUGUAAAUAAAAUACAAAAAAUGUCACACUU